GCAAUUUUUGUAUAGCGCCACCCUUGGCUAUGAACUUCCAGAGAUUGAGGCCUGGCUUUUGUUCAUGCCCGGACAUUUAAAACAGCUGCAAUAAAUAAGACAACAACAAUAAAAAAAACCACCGCAUGGUUUUACUCGGGUGGUGAAGGAGUUAAUUAUCGGAAGAAGAUACUCGGUGUGCGUAGACUCAGUUGCACUAUUUACUCGCUCAGUUUGCUGAGAUCAGAGACUCUGAUAGUUGUGGAAACUGUUUUUUGUUAAAACUGAAACGAGCUGCAGCUAUGGGGAAAGGAUGCAUUACAGCCACCAAAUACUUCCUGUUCUUGUUCAACCUCCUUUUCUUUGUUUUUGGAGCUCUCAUCUUGGGCUUUGGACUGUGGAUUCUGCUGGAUAACAAGAGUUUUAUCACAGUCCUGCAGGAGUCUUCCACAACACUGAAGGUUGGAUCCUAUAUUCUGAUUGGUGUGGGAUCUCUCUCUAUGCUCAUGGGCUUCCUGGGCUGCGUUGGGGCCAUCUACGAGAUUCGCUGCCUACUAGGACUGUACUUCACGUGUCUUCUGCUGAUCCUCAUUGCCCAGGUUACAGCAGCUGUGCUCAUUUACUUUCAGCGAGACUUGCUGAAGCAUGAGAUGUCCAGCAUUGUGAACAAGAUAAUAGUGAAUUAUACAGGUCAGAACAGCACCACAGAUCGUGCAUGGGAUUACAUCCAGAGAACGAUCCAAUGCUGUGGUUGGACUGGACCAUCUAACUGGACUGAAAAUGUAUUGAUUAAGAACACCACACAGGCCAUGUAUCCAUGCUCCUGUAGGAACGAGUCCAUUCCUGGUACGGAAAUGCAGAAGAUGGGUCUGUGCAACAGUCUAGCUUCUGAGUGGCCUGUCUACACCAAGGGUUGCAUAUCCAGUGUGGAGGACUGGUUCCUGAACAACUCUGGCGUUAUUUUGGGGUUGUGUGUCGGCGUGGCAGUGAUUGAGCUCCUCGGUAUGAUUCUAUCAAUGUGCCUGUGCAAGCGUGUCCACCAGGAGGACUACACCAAAGUCCCCAGAUACUGAGAACAAAGACCACACACGCACACAAGCGUACAUACAGACACACACACGCCAAUAAAUACAUUCACCACAGCAGUCGAGUAUUUUAAACAGUUCAGUCAUUCUUUAUAUUAUGGCCCUCCUGGUUUUAAUUAUUGGUAUUACACCCUGUCCUGUGUGUCUCUUUUGGUAUUUGAACCUUUUGUUAAUUGAAGAAAAAAAAAACAUUGUAUUGGUGUGUUAUGGUUUCUUCUUAGUGUGCUUUAUUGCAUUCCUUUUUGUUGUCUUUUUAUCCUCUUAUUUUUUUUUAUUCUUGUGUUUUUUUUUUCUGUUUUCUUUCCUACAGAGAACGUAAAAGCCUCCUUAAGCAUAUCUUUGUCAAAAGUAUGAUAAGCCAGUAUCAUGUGUCGGUGAGAAAAUCCUGGAAAUCACAAUUACAUGGUGGUCUGGGAUCUCCAGGACACUUGGAAAAUUAGAUAGAGCACUUAAUGAGGGUGUUACUGUUGUGUAUAUGCAACCCCCCUGACCUCUAGAGGGAGAGACAUGAGAGAGGCGAGGGUGAGGUAUUACGGGGCACUGUAUUCAGUGUACAUUGAGUACAGUCAUUAUGGGACUGAUGGGUAGACAUGAGCGUUAACCGAGUGUGCAUCCCAUAGUCCCUAGUGUGACUGGGUUUGCUUUGUCAGUGACUGCAUUCAGGUACCUUGCUAAAUGAUCCAGCAUCGCAUUUACCAGUGUUUUGGCCUUUUGGCUCAGCACUGGCCUUUAUCUAUAAAACUCCAUUUACUUGUUUAAGUUAUAUUGCCCAGUAGCUGUUAUACUGUGUAACUCAAUACUGAUUACAAUUCCAAAGAUGCACUGGAGUGGAAGUUAUUUAAAAGCAUGACAUGGUAUGAACAGACUUUUUUGUAUUUGUUUGUUUGAUUGUUUGUUUGGAGAAAAAAAAGAUUUCCAUUUGUGUUGUCUUUUCUCUGAAUUUUCAAAAAUCAUAAUGAUAUGCCAUUUCAGUGUGACAAAUUAGAACUAUAGCUUUGGGUCUUUUGGGAAUAAAAUGGAAAGAGGUUCUGCAGGUCGUAGUUUGAUGUGAUGUCCCACUGCUAUCUUAACUUUUUCCUUGUUACACAAUUCCUUCUUGUCUGCCAAAUGUCUAAUUUGGAAAACUUUAAGUAUAUCAAAUCCCUGCCUGCUGUUUGGGAAACACCCAAACAGCCUGUGUAAAAGAUUACCACAACCCAGCAAAGCCCCCCCCCCCCCCCUGAUUUCAACUUGAGGGAAGAUGUGUAGAUUGUUAAUGAUUAACUCUAGGGUAUGAUGAGGUAAUGAUGGCCAAGGUCCAGUGCCUUUAAUCUCAGUAGAUGACAGUAUUUCAGCCUGCAGUAUUUUCAUAUUACGUUUUAUGAACACUUGUAUUUACACUGUUUAAAGGAGGACAGGAAGUUUCCUCUAGUUCAGUCUUCUCUCUGCUUUCAUUUUCCUUCAGCACCAGCUGUGCCCUGCACUUUACAUAUA